GCGCCACUCACCACCCGUGUUUAUAAGACGUAAUAUUCAAUUGGAGAUACCUUGCUUUUUAUCGUUCCGGCCACCAGAUUCGUUGGUUUUCAUAAAGUUUCAUUUGGCAGUACAAAAUGUUGACUCGAAAUGCUGAACAAGUUUUGAGAAUUUUCCUAAUUUUAGCGAAAAUGCGUAAAUUAAAACUGCGAUUAAAACAGAAGCGCCGAUUUUGGGUUCGGAAAUUGUACUUAGAGCGACACAAAUAUGGAUUGUUUGAAAGUUCAUUAAGAAACUUGGCUGCAGAUGAGGAGCAGUUUAACAAGACAUUAAGAAUGCCCUUUUCGUUAUUUAAUGUGCUGCACGAAUUUCUGGAGGCUUCGCUGACCAAAUAUUCAAUCAGAACACCAAUAUCGAGCCGCUGCAGACUAUUUAUAACCCUGAUAUAUUUGGCUCACGGUGGCACUCGGCAACUCCACACAAUAGUUCACCAGAUCGGCCUGACGACUUUCAGGAAGAUUACGUUGGAGACAUGUAUGACCAUAUGGGAUCUGUUAGCUGACUGCGUUGGUUCCAUCGACGGAAAGCACAUUAAUAUUACCUGUCCAGCGAAUUCAGGGUCGAUGUACUAUAAUUACAAAGGCAAUUAUAGUAUCGUGCUUUUGGCCGUAUGUGAUGCCAAUUAUACCUUUACCUGCGUUGACAUCGGAGCAUAUGGAAGUCAAAGCGAUGGCGGUGUCUACCACUUUUCAAAACUGGCAGAUGCUAUUGAAAAUGAUAGGCUCGGCCUUCCACAUGAUCAGCCUCUGCCAGGAGAAACCGAGCCAUUUCCACAUUAUUUAGUAGGAGAUGCUGCUUUUCCCUUACGGCGUUAUUUAAUGCGACCAUAUCCGGGUAGAGGUAUUCCAGAAGAGCAAGAGUAUUUCAAUAAAAGACUCUCUCGUGCAAGAAGAGUUAUAGAAAACGCAUUUGGAAUACUCACUGCCAAAUGGAGAAUAUUGAGAACGACGCUAUGCAUGGCCCCGAAAAAUGCAGAACAAAUAGUGAUAGCUUGUAUUGUCUUGCAUAAUUUUAUUAAGCUUCCGUGUGCAAACUAA